ACCCCAGGAGUUCCUUUCAGCUGCCUGCUGCUCUUAUUCCAUGUUCAGAAGUAGAAGCAUGCAAGUAGAAUUGGUUGACUGCUGCACUGAAUUAAUUUUUAAGUAAGAGACCAGUGUGCAUUGGCAGCAAGGCCAAUGGCAUUUUUGUUCAGUGCCAUUUCUUUAUUGUAGCUGAAUAAAUUGGUAACUGGCUGCACAUCUGCUGUUCACUGUUACUCUAAUGAACUAUUUCCUGUGAAUACACGGUAACAUCUGUUACAGAAAGGUAGGUGACAGAGCUUUAAUUUAACAGACUGUAAAAUAUGAUUUGAGUUUAAUUAAACAGCGUAAUUGAAAUACCGAAGUGUCUUUACAUUCAGCAAGUAGUAAUCACCUGUGGUCUCUUUGCUAAUCACCUGUGGACUCUUUUCUAGGACACGUUUUUUUCCCCCCCUACUUCUGCUGAUUGACAUGGUCAGAAAUUCAUCCGGUGCCAUUCUCUUGAGGCUCUGACAGAUCGCUGUGUGAGGAGCACUGUGCAGACACGGCAUUUUCCAACACGGCUGAGCAGAAAUGCUCAGUAUGGUUUACAAGCUCACUUGUAAUAGUGGAGUGCUUGUUUACUGGUGUGCCUUUACUGAAUACACGUUAGUUAUACCGUUCUUUUUUCCCUUCUCUAUUUUUUUUGGAAGCACUUUUCGGUUUUAUAUACUCUAUUUUUAGCUUCUGUGAAUUCAGCUUCAUUUAUUCAGGAAGCUGUUCCCAUCCUUCCUGGUGAUAUUUCACACUGCUUGUCCUAUUUGUAAGGGGGGAGAGGGGAGGGGCAAUGCACCCUCAGAACCCGUUUGUAACGUUUGAAUGCUCUGAUUAACACUGUGUGACUAAUGAUAAGUGAGGGGUCAUUUUACUGUCUUCUUUCUUAGUUUGCUUGACUCAGAUUUACCACUUAGCCUUGACGUGUGUUCCCUACUCCAUUGCCCCCUUCCCAUCAUCUGCUGUGUUCUAACUACAGACGUUUCAAAAAUGUGAAAUACUUUGGUUUGUGUACUACUGACUGUUUUACUAAUCAAUAUUUAAUGUGGUUUUCAUAGGAUAUGUAACAUGACACUGAUAUUCUGGACAGGUAAUUCUCGCUGUUUGACAACCUUACGUAAUAAGGGGAAUCAGGUAACUGCUAGAAAUGAGCACCUGAUGUAGUGAUUUAUUGAGCAUCGUAUUGCCAAGGAUCUGUUCUGUAAAAUCUACUGGAAAAUCUGCAGCUGUUUACUGUUGUGGUCAGUGCUGAAAACGUUUCUGAAAUUUCAAAGAGAAGUUCACGUUUAAAGGGACACCGUCAUUACUUUUCUACUCGAGUUUAUGUCUGGGUUUUAUAAACUGGUCGUUACUGCUCCCUUACUAAAAGGUGACGUGGCCUUUUGGUGGAAGUAAGAGUAACAUGACAGGCGGUUAAGCUGGACCCCCUCCGUUCCUCCUUCCUGUCUUCUGUGUGCACAUGCCUGCUUGUCGCCUCUCGGUUGCAGCUUUGCUCUGGCUGUGUGCAGCCUGCUGCAGGGAGCUGUGCAUGCUUGCUCUCCCAAACGGUGCAUGGAUGUGGUCCUGCCAGGGCAUGAGCAGAGCACGGCGAGUGCUUCGUAUCUGGCCUGUUCUGUUCGCUGUGGAAGUAGAAACUCCUGUGUAGUUCAUGUGAGAAUUUCACCCUGUGAAAAUAUCAUCUUCCUCCUUGACCGUGUCCCUUUAAAUUCUACAUGGCACAGUGUGCUGCUUUACAGCUGCUGAAUCUGUGUGUCCCGGAGCAGUCCAGAACAGUGUGUUUCUUGGUGAAGUGCUCUGAAAUGAAGUAGCUUGGCAGCAGAGGUCAAGUGAAAGUUAACAUAGUAAGAACAAUGCCUAGUAAGGAGUAAAUAUAAACCAUAUUAAUACCUUUGUAUAUAACCACAGCUUAGAAGCCAGUAGCUGGCAGGAGUUGGUAGGCGUUAGAUUUCUUUUUGUGGCAUUUAAGUGAAUGGCAUAAGCUGAUUUAUGUGAUUGUAUGCAACUGCGUGUCUGUAUAGAUGUAUAACUGUUCAAUGCAUCUGUGUGCGCACAGUUUGUUGCAUUGGGCCACACUGCAGGAACCUCGAAACUGAAAGGCACCAGAAGAGUGGUUCCCAAAUGAGGUAAGAGAGAAUAGAACAGAGGAGACUCUUCAGCCGUGUUUGGUGUCUGAUCGUAGCUUGAAAAGAAACACAAACGUGGUGAGUGCUGCAAAGCCUGUUCCUAAUUCUUAGCCAUGUGUUCAAGGACAGGAAGAUACUCGGAGAAAAUUGGCAGUAACUUGAUUACAGGGUUGGCUUUUGUUUUGUUUUGUUUUAUUUCAGCCCUGUAUUUCUAUGAUAGAGGCGUGUAGCCACAGGGAAAAAAAUGAGACCUGGUGAAAUAAGAAACUACCUAAUGGCAGUUCUUUAAUUUCUUCUUAGGUUUAUAUAUAUAUAUGUAUGUAUGUAUAUAUAGAGCCAAUUAGUUACUGCUGAUUAAUCACACGUGGAAAGCUCCAGUGGGAUUAGUUGCGGGGGAGGACUGUGCAGAGUCCAGUGGAAAUGAAUAAAAUCCUUGCAGUGAAUUCAGUACAGGAUAUUGGGGCACUCUGAAUUUUUGUUCUAGAUUCCCUGUGGGAUUGGUGUCAGGUUGCUGGAACUCAGAUGUUCCAAUAGCUAAUAAGAUACCAGGUACUUCUUGAGAAGAUGUGAGGAUUAUGGGCAUAAAAUCCUAGUUAAAUCUAGUCUCAUUUAUGUAUCUUAAUAUAUACUUAUAGAAACGAAGGCAAAUUCAAAGCUGUUUUUAUUCAUGAUACAUACUGUGUUUUUAGUAAGUGAUACUUUUCCUUGGCUUUACGAUGUGCUAGAAAGUUGCAAAUCCCAUGUUAACUUCACCAAACUGGUUAAUGCUGGAUCUUCUUCAUAGUGAUGGUGCUCAUUCCUAGCUUGAGAUCUGGUGUGUUGGCGGAUCUUAAAUUGGAAGUCCUGGGUUUGGUUGAUAUUUUUCUUUGAUCAGCUUGUCUGAAAGGAAGCUCAGUUGCCUUGUCAGCUUUGCCAACUCUGCUCUCCUAUUUCUCUGCAGACUGUUGCAGUUAUUUUAAGUCGUAACUGUUGUUUUGGAAAUCAUUUAUGCUGGAGAAUGAAUUUUUAGUUUGUUCUCAAUGUUCACGAUUAAAAAAAAAAUUGAUUAAUAAUUCCUAAAAUGCUUUGAACAUAUAACAGCUGGUACUUCAUGAAGCUAAAAGUAAUUUCUGCUGAAUAUUGGGUUUAAUUAAAAAAAAAUAAAUCCAGAAAUUGUUUGUUUUUUAAAAAUAAAUAAAAAUAUUUUGACUGAAGAAUAUCUCCACUUGUUUGUGCAAGAAAUCAAACGCUAUUUGAUUUUUCUUAAGCAGGGGAAAGCAGUGGAUCAUGCAUGGUAAUACCAUUCGGUGAUACUGUCAGGUGUUGUAAGGAUAUUAAAAUGCAUAUUUGACAUUAAGAAGCUGCCGAAGUUUAAAAAUUAGCAGCAGCAGCCUGGUAAGUCAGGCUCACUUUCGCUGUCCUGAUAAGUCAAGUGCACUUUUACUGCCUAAGAAGGUGAAACCGUGAGCUGUCAAAUAUGGUGGAAUGCAGUUUGCGGUUUGUCCUUGGACAUAACUUCUGCUAUAUGUAAACAAGCACACGAGCUCAAUUUCAUAUACUAGUGCUUAAUAUUGCAUUAUACAUUCCUAACCUGACAGUGUCCCUAAGUUAUCAUGUCUGUUUGCUUUCAUUUUCCAGCUGGGUUUUAAUUUUGCAUGCAUGUCAGUGAAAUAUGGUAUGCGUAAUGAUUGUUUCCUGGAAGCGUUUUGGGGCUAUUGCUGCUGGUACUCACCAAAGUCAGGAAGGCAAUGAAAUCUCUUUUCCUUUUGUGGCGGUUAGCUAAGUCAAAAGCAAUGCAGAAAUGAUCCCAUUCUUUAUUUGCAUAGUAACUUACAUGUUUUUGAGUUUAAUGUUGUUUCUCAAAUAGCUCUCUGCUUUAAUGACACCCCAAACAACUCCAAAAUGUAGUAUACCUAAGAUCUUUGUUUGGAGGAAGAAUGUUAAACUUCGGUUGCUUUGGCAGAGCAAUUGGUGACGUUUGCUGCUUGUCCUCAGUUUAUUGUAGGAGCCUCCGUGAAGCUGCUUUUUUGAAGUAAUGCCCAUAGAAAGUGGAAGUUGUGCAUCUGCUCGCCAAGCAAAGCAGAAACGCAAAUCGCACAGUCUUUCAAUCCGAAGAACCAACAGUUCUGAGCAAGAACGGGCAGGACUGCAGAGAGACAUGUUGGAAGGGCAGGAUUCUAAACUACCAUCUUCUGUUCGGAACACACUCCUUGAACUUUUUGGACAAAUAGAGCGGGAGUUUGAAAAUCUAUAUAUUGAAAAUUUGGAAUUACGUAGAGAGAUUGAUACACUUAAUGAGCGUUUAGCAGCCGAAGGACAGACAAUUGAUGGAGCUGAACUGAGCAAAGGACAACUGAAAACAAAAGCCAGCCAUAGUACCAGUCAACUUUCUCAGAAAUUAAAGACAACUUACAAGGCAUCUACUAGCAAGAUUGUAUCCAGUUUUAAAACUACAACAUCAAGAGCUAUCUGUCAACUGGUAAAGGAAUAUGUUGGCCACAGGGAUGGCAUUUGGGAUGUCAGUGUUGCGAAAACUCAGCCAGUGGUUUUGGGAACUGCAUCUGCUGAUCAUACUGCUUUGCUGUGGAGCAUAGAAACGGGGAAGUGCCUUGUCAAGUAUGUAGGACAUGUUGGAUCAGUAAAUUCGAUAAAGUUUCAUCCAACUGAGCAAGUGGCUCUUACAGCAUCUGGAGACCAGACAGCUCACAUCUGGAGAUACAUAGUACAGUUGCCUACACCUCAGCCAACUGCAGACUGCAAUCAAGUGUCUGGAGAAGAUGAAUUUGAGUUCUCAGAUAAAGAUGAACCUGAUGGAGAUGGAGAUGGUUCUAGCGAUUGUCCCACUGUCAGAGCCCCAUUAACUUCACUCAAAAGCCAUCAAGGAGUGGUCAUAGCAGCUGACUGGCUUGUUGGGGGAAAGCAAGCAGUGACAGCUUCAUGGGAUAGGACAGCAAACCUGUAUGAUGUAGAGACUUCUGAAUUAGUCCAUUCUCUUACAGGGCAUGACCAAGAGCUAACACAUUGUUGUACACAUCCCACCCAGCGUCUUGUGGUGACCUCAUCACGUGAUACAACUUUCCGUCUGUGGGAUUUCAGAGAUCCUUCUAUCCAUUCUGUGAAUGUCUUUCAGGGUCACACAGACACUGUGACAUCUGCAGUUUUCACUGUGGGAGACAAUGUUGUUUCUGGUAGUGAUGACCGCACAGUAAAAGUUUGGGAUUUGAAAAACAUGAGGUCUCCUAUUGCAACCAUUCGUACAGAUUCUGCAGUAAAUAGGAUUAACGUAUGUGUUGGCCAAAGAAUCAUUGCCCUUCCGCACGACAACCGACAGGUUAGGUUAUUUGACAUGUCAGGAGUGCGAUUAGCACGCCUGCCUCGCAGUAAUAGACAGGGCCACAGAAGAAUGGUGUGCUGCUCAGCCUGGAGUGAGGACCACCCAAUAUGUAACCUCUUCACCUGUGGAUUUGAUCGUCAGGCUAUUGGCUGGAACAUCAAUAUCCCCGCUUUGUUACAAGAAAAGUGAAAUGCUGGAAGAAUUUUUGCAUUUUAUGUUGCCAUGGACUGCUGUACUUCUGCAGACUUCUCUGAAUACCGGUCUGCUAUUGGUCUAAAAGCUCUUCCUUAAAUGGAGACUUCAACAGAUGUUGUUCUUGUUACCACAUUGUGCACAGUUUGCAUGAGUUGUACAGAAAAUGUGAUUUUUUUAAAAUUAGUUUGUCUUGUGUAUGAACUUUUAUAUUUUGGCAUCCACUGGUCAAUAUGUUCACUGUUGCAUAGAGCACAUAAAUGUUCAUAAGUUAUUUAGCAUUUGAUAGAUAAACAGUAGGGCAUUACAUUUGUGACAUAAAUGUGAAACUUAUGUAGUUAAUGUAGAGAAUGUAUAGCAGUCUGUUACGUUUUUCCAUGAUCUACAUAUCUGCCUUGUGUUAAAAAGAAUCUGCAGGGCUAAAAGUUUGAAAUGAAGUGUGAAUUUCAUUAGUUGUAUGAUUGUAAACAUUUUCCCGUUUGCAUCUGAUUGGAACGGUUAUUUUUAGUGCUGCAGUAUAGUGCAACUUCGGCUCCAUUUUCAGUCCAGUUAUGGGAGAAAUAGUAGACUUGAGAAGGAAAAUAUAGGCAGCUUGUAGUGAUUAUAGACUGCAAGGUGUAUUCUGAAAGCUUUUUGUACUUUUCCUUUGGAAAAAGGAAAAUGUUCAUUCUGCCCUUCUUAUAUAAAGUGAUUCUAAAAAUCUCAUGGCAUUUCACACUAGCAAAAAUCCAGAAUAUUAUGAUCUAGUCAAGCAAAUUUUGAAGCACUUUAGUUUAUAGCUAUUGUUAUAAACCAUUUAUGAAAGUUUGACUUUACCAGUGAAUGUGAGCUGACCUUUGUAAGAAGGAUUGCUUCUUUUUGGUGAUCUGCCCAGAAAGGAUAUAAUUUUUUCUUUUUUUGUCUUUUUUUUUUUUUCCUAUACCUACAGAGAGUGUACUUUUAAAUGUGUUCACUUCCUUUUUUUUUUCCUUUUUUCUUUUUUUUUUCUUCUUUUUUUGAGCCAGCAAUACAAAGUAAAUUAGUACUACCUCAAAAGUGAAUGUUGGUCAAGAUGUGCUGAAUCUCUCUGCAGCCUAGAAAAAAAAGCACUUUUGGUCUCUGGCUGAAGUACUAUUUUUGACAUGAGAGGAAAGACAAUCAUACUUAAUGUGAUCCUUAACCUAAUUAACACUUAAGGCUAAUGGUGCAGUAUGAUAAGUAAACAUCAUCUGUUACCUUUGUGUUCUCAGCUGUGGCAAGGGGCUGCAGCAGUCUUUAUACUGUUGUGAACGGGAUAAUUAUGUAGACUUCCCUUCUUUCUCCCAAAUGAUCUUAAUCUGCCUUUGUUCCCCGCUGUGCUCAGCCUUUUUUGCGCUGGCAUUGCGGUGUUAUACCACAGCUGCUGCUUAUUUAAGUAAAUGCAAAUGGCAGCUGACAUCUUCGAACAAACAGGAAGGCUGCUUCAGUCAGACACUUCUUUUUAGCUAGAGGGAGAUCCUGCCCCUAACUGUCUGACAUAUUGCACUGUAAGAUGAAGGGUGAGGGUAAACUAAGGAUGUGCUGUUACAGUGGGAAAGUUUAUGCUGGGCUGCCAUUACAUGAGUAAUUGGAACUUUUUAUCUCAUUCUUUCGGUUACGUGAAGCUGUAGCUGUGCUCAUGUCCUCUACAACACAGUUCAGGCUGAUGUGUUAAUUGGGUUCCUUGUUGACUGACGUGGUAAAAGCAUUGGAGUGCGAUGGGAUGGUGAAUGCAUCAUUGGGUAGUUGCAGGGAAACUAGAGUCCUAGAAUUGGUGUUGUGGAAGAUCAAGGCAUGUAGUGGAAAGUGGGUCUAAUAUCUUUAUAGUAUAAGCCAUCAUAGUAGUAUCAUCUUAAAUUCCAUAGUGUUUUUUUCUUUCUUUUUUUUCUUGAGGUACAAGUUAUAUACAGAAUUGUACUGAAGCAGUCUUAAGAUACCAGAACUAGUGAGGUUGAGGAAAGUGGCUGCAAAGCUUUAAAUCUUCUGGUAACAAGGGUUAAAGAUGGUGUCAGCAUUUAUUUUCACUUUUUUUUUUCUGGAUUUUUAAAGCCAUUCGAUGUUGACAGAUUUUAUUCUUUAAGGAAAAAGAAAGGCUCACAUUUUCUUUCGGUUGAUAGUGAAAAGAGCUUUAUGCAGGUUGGUGCUGCUUAACAGAGAAGCUUCUCUCUAGUCAACAGAAGCAGUUUCUGUAGCAGAGCUCAUGCAUAACGUCUUGAACAAUGACCAACCUUCAGUUAUGUGAGGUGAGGAAGAGAGGGUCAUUGCUCUUGGUCCUGCUAGCCUGAAUUGACUGCUUAAAUGUCUCUAGUAUACAGAUGUGAUACAGGACCAUGAGACUCUAUGUAGUUUGAUAACCAUUGCUGCAAAAUUCUUAUAUCACCAGAGGAACAGACCUCUGGCACCAGGAAUGGGAUGAUAUAUGCAUUCAUUCUGGAAAAAAUAUCAAACAAGGUGCUACAGCCACGUUCUUAUGAGCAGGCGAAUACUCAAUCAGCUACAUACUGAACUAUCUCUUAGCUUAAUUUUGUAUACUGUACUGAAGAUUAAACCCAAGCUUCCAUUUCCCUUGAAGCAAAUCACACAUAAGCAGUGGUAGUGACCACUGCUGCCCUGAUUAAAUAUGUGGGAAGCAUUUCAUAGCUUUGGAUAUCCUAGAGAGAGCUUUUUCAGCAUUGAACAAUGUCCAACAUUUCAUGAAAUGGAGAAGAGUUGCAGUUACAGUUUCAGUAUUGUGCAGAAUAUUCGGAACUUCAUGGAAAGUUCAUCACUGGGCAAAAUCAAGCUUUUUUGUCUUUCAAAUAAUGCACAUCAGUUUUCACAAGUUUUGAGUGUACUUUUCAAUCAGAAAGAUCUGGAAUGCAACAUCUUAUUUGCUGCCUAAAUCUGUGAAAACCAUCUUUAUGGAAAAAGAAUUUAUAUGUUAUGUGGAACCACUUUUUAUUAUUCUGCUAAUUUGUUUAUAGAUGUAAAAUCUUAUCCUUCGUUAUGAUUCAAAAAUGCAUUAAAACAUUCAACUUUUUUUUUU